AUGGCGAGCAAACGAAAAUCUACAACCCCGUGCAUGGUUCGGACAUCCCAAGUCCUAGAACAAGAUGUGCCUGAGGAAAGAGACAGGGCCAAAGAAAAAGCGAUCGUCACGCCACAGCCUGAAACAGCCAAGGGCAGUUGGGCAGCGGAUCCUGACAACUCGUCCAAAGAAAACGAAGUGAUAGAGGUGAAAUCGACGGGGGAAAACCCGUCCAAGAAGCUCCAGGGCGGGUACGAGUGCAAGUACUGCCCCUACUCCACGCAAAACCUGAACGAGUUCACGGAGCACGUGGACAUGCAGCACCCCAACGUGAUUCUCAACCCCCUCUACGUGUGCGCCGAAUGCAACUUCACAACCAAAAAGUACGACUCCUUGUCUGACCACAACGCCAAGUUCCAUCCCGGGGAGGCCAACUUCAAGCUGAAGUUGAUCAAGCGCAACAACCAGACUGUCCUGGAGCAGUCCAUCGAGGCCACCAACCACGUGGUGUCCGUCGCCACCGGCGGCCCCGGGAGUGGUGACCAUGACCCUGGGAUCCCGGUGAGUAAAACCCCCAUCAUGAAGCCAGGGAAACCGAAAGCUGAUGCCAAGAAGGCGCCCAAGAAGCCGGAGGAGGCUACCCCCGAGAACCACAUGGAAGGGACCGCCCGCCUGGUGACAGACGCCGCUGAGAUCCUCUCGAGACUCGGGAGCGUGGAGCUGCUCCAGGAGUUAGGGCACGUCACGCCUUCUGUCCAGCUCCCACCAAAUAUCAACCUUGUCCCCAAGGUCCCCGUCCCGCUGAACACUACCAAAUACAACUCCGCCCUGGACACGAACGCCACCAUGAUCAACUCCUUCAACAAGUUCCCUUACCCGACCCAGGCCGAGUUGUCCUGGCUCACAGCUGCAUCCAAACACCCCGAGGAGCACAUCCGAAUUUGGUUCGCCACCCAGCGCCUAAAGCACGGCAUCAGCUGGUCCCCGGAGGAGGUGGAGGAGGCCCGGAAGAAGAUGUUUAACGGCACCAUCCAGGCGGUCCCCCCGACAAUCACUGUGCUGCCCACCCAGCUGGCCCCCACCAAGAUGUCUCAGCCCAUCCUCCAGACAGCUUUGCCGUGCCAGAUCCUCGGCCAGACCAGCCUGGUGCUGACUCAGGUGACCAGCGGGUCCACCACCGUCUCUUGCUCCCCCAUCACACUUGCGGUGGCCGGAGUGACCAGCCACAGCCAGAAGAGACCUUUGGUGACCCCGCAGGCUGCCCCUGAGCCCAAGCGUCCACAUGUCGCUCAGGUGGCUCAGGUGGCUCAGGUGCCAGAGCCCCCGCCCAAGCUGGCGAACCUUUCCCUGACCGCGGCCAGCGACCGCAAGAAGACGAAGGAGCAGAUAACCCACCUCAAGGCGAGCUUUCUCCGGAACCAGUUCCCGGACGAUGCUGAGAUCUACAGACUCAUCGAGAUGACCGGCCUUGCCAGGAGCGAGAUCAAGAAGUGGUUCAGCGACCACCGCUACCGGUGUCAAAGGGGCAUCGUCCACAUCACCAGCGAAUCCCUUGCCAAAGACCAGCCGCCCAUGUCGGCCACCCCACACGGCCGCACGUACCACGCCUACCCCGAUUUUGCCCCCCAGAAGUUCAAAGAGAAGACCCCGGGUCAGCUUAAAAUCCUGGAAGACAGCUUUGUGAAAAGCUCUUUUCCGACCCAGGCGGAACUGGAUCGGCUGAGGGUGGAGACCAAGCUGAGCAGGAGGGAGAUCGACUCGUGGUUCUCAGAGCGGAGGAAGCUCCGGGACAGCAUGGAGCAAGCGGUCUUGGAUUCCAUGGGGUCUGGCAAAAAAGGCCAGGAUGGGGUGGGCCCCAAUGGUGCUCUGUCUCGACUCGACCAGCUCACCGGUGCCCAGCUGGUCAGUUCUCUGCCCAGCCCUUCACCAGCAAUUACAAAGAGUCAAGAGCAAGUCCAUCUCCUGAGGAGCACGUUUGCAAGAACCCAGUGGCCUACACCCCAGGAGUACGACCAGCUGGCAGCGAAGACCGGCCUGGUUCGAACUGAAAUCGUGCGCUGGUUCAAGGAGAACAGGUGCUUGCUCAAAACGGGGACCUUAAAGUGGAUGGAGCAGUACCAGCCGCAGCACACAGCGGAGGACCACGGCUACGACGCCCUGUCCAGGAGAGCCGUCAAGGCCGCCGUCCCCGGGAGCCCAAAGAACGGGGGCGAGGUGGGCCCGCAAUGCCACAAGGACCCCAAGAAGCUCUGCGAAGAGGACUUGGAGAAGCUGGUGCCCAGGGCGAAAGUUGGCAGCGAGCCAGCAAAAGAUGGUUUGCCGGCAAAGCCCUCAGAGGCCACCGUGGACAGGUCAGAGGGCAACAGCCGAGACGGCCAGGGGAGUGACGCACACGGGGAGUCGGGCGUUGUGGAUUGGGUGGAGGUGACCGUCGGAGAGGAGGAUGCCACCUCGGACCGGUCAGACAGCUGGAGCCAGGCUGCCCCGGAGGGCACCGCAGAGCCGGCCGACUCGGACUCCGACAGCGUCCCUGCCGAGGCUGGCCAGGCCUAG